UCCACAGAGUGUGAUGGUCUCUUUCAUGCCCAAACUUUUACAAGUUCAUUCCAAUUUUCUUCCUGGGAAAUGCCACCCUUUUGUCUCUUUUCCAAUCUUCUACCUUGGCUUGACCUUCUCCGUCAACUCAACUCCACUCUUGCUCACCACGUUACCAUCUUUCCAAGGAACCCCUUUCUGACUUGACUUAUCUUCUCUUCUCUGCACACACUACUCUUUAUUAUAACCUCGAAAACUCCAUCUUCCCCAACUCCUUCCUAGUACACUAUGUUUAUGUUGUCUCUUUUCUCACCACUUUCCACUGCUGUUCUCCUCAAACCCAUUUUCCUUCAUGGCUUCUCCGCCUUCAUCCACCUUCUGUUGCUGCUUGCGGUUUCGCUGUCAUGGGUUUGGAACAAAAUCACAGCAGGUGCCAGGGAUGAGUCCAAGGAGAAGCCAAGCCACACCCUCUUCAAAACGACGGUGUUUUCUUCUCUUGGUGUUUCUGCUUUCAAUUUUCUCCUCUGUUUGUUUACCUACUUCUACUGGUAUACAAGUGGCUGGUCAGAAGAAAAGCUUGUGACCCUUUUGGAUUUGGCGCUAAAAACACUUGCUUGGGGCGUUGUUUGCGUUUGCUUGCAAAAUGGGUUCUUCAGUUCCGGUGAAAGAAGGUUCUCGUUCUUCUUCAGAGCCUGGUGCACUUUCUACCUUGUUGUUUCUUGCUAUUGCUUCGUGGUGGACAUUGUUGUUGUAUCGGAGAGACGUGUUGCUCUGCCAACUCGGUACUUAGUCUCUGAUGUGGUCUCCACUUGUGUUGGUUUGUUCUUCUGUUACGUGGGGUAUUUUGUGAAAAACGAGGUUCAUGUUGAUAACGGUAUUCAGGAACCUCUUUUGAAUAGCGAUGCCUUGGAGUCAAAGGAGAGCAAGGGCGGGGACACUGUGACCCCUUUCUCAUAUGCUGGGUUUUUGAGCAUUCUUACCUUCUCUUGGGUGGGUCCUCUUAUAGCUGUUGGUAAUAAGAAGACCCUGGACCUUGAGGAUGUUCCUCAACUAGACGGCAGAGAUAGUGUAAUUGGUGCUUUUCCAAGUUUCAGAGAGAAACUUGAGGCUGAUUGUGGGGGAAUUAACAGAGUCACCACACUGAAGUUGGCGAAGUCGUUAAUAAUGUCAGCAUGGAAGGAGAUUCUUAUCACAGCUUUUCUUGCAUUGUUAAACACUUUGGCUUCUUAUGUUGGUCCAUAUCUUAUUGACGGUUUUGUUCAGUACCUGGAUGGACAACGGCUAUAUGAAAACCAGGGCUAUUUUUUGGUUUCUGCAUUUUUCUUUGCAAAGCUUGUAGAGUGCCUGACCCAAAGGCAUUGGAUCUUUAAGUUGCAGCAAGUUGGACUCCGAAUCCGAGCACUGCUUGUCACGAUGAUCUAUAACAAGGCUCUUACCCUUUCUUGCCAAUCAAAGCAGGGCCACACUUCUGGGGAAAUAAUCAAUUUCAUGACUGUUGAUGCGGAAAGAGUAGGUGUCUUCAGUUGGUAUAUGCAUGAUUUGUGGAUGGUGGCUCUGCAAGUUACGUUAGCCUUGUUGAUUUUGUAUAAAAACCUCGGUCUGGCUUCAAUUGCUGCUUUAGUUGCAACUGUUGUUAUUAUGUUAGCAAAUGUUCCCUUGGGAUCGUUGCAAGAGAAGUUUCAAAAGAAGUUGAUGGAGUCAAAAGAUACAAGAAUGAAGGCCACAUCUGAGAUUCUAAGGAACAUGAGGAUCCUCAAACUACAAGGAUGGGAAAUCAAGUUUCUAUCAAAAAUAACCGAGCUCAGGAAAAAUGAGCAAGGUUGGCUAAAAAAAUAUGUUUAUACUGCAGCGGUGACCACGUUUGUGUUUUGGGGUUCCCCUACAUUUGUAUCUGUGGUUACUUUUGGUACUUGUAUGCUUAUAGGGAUCCCCCUUGAAUCAGGGAAGAUCUUGUCUGCACUUGCAACGUUCCGGAUUCUUCAAGAGCCCAUUUACCGUCUUCCAGAUACAAUUUCAAUGAUAGCACAAACUAAAGUUUCUCUUGAUAGGAUUGUGUCAUUCCUUCGUCUUGAUGACUUACGGUCUGAUGUUGUAGAGAAGCUUCCUUGGGGCAGUUCUGAUACAGCAAUUGAAGUAGUUGAUGGAAACUUCUCUUGGGAUUUAUCCUCCCCUAAUCCAACAUUGCAAAAUAUAAAUCUUAAAGUUUUUCAUGGGAUGAGGGUUGCUGUUUGUGGUACAGUUGGAUCAGGCAAGUCUACUUUACUUUCUUGUGUAUUGGGAGAAGUACCAAAGAUAUCAGGCAUCCUUAAGGUUUGCGGAACAAAGGCCUAUGUUGCUCAAUCUCCAUGGAUACAAAGUGGCAAGAUAGAGGAUAAUAUAUUGUUUGGUGAACGCAUGGAUAGGGAAAGGUAUGAGAAGGUACUUGAAGCCUGUUCCUUGAAGAAGGAUCUGGAGAUUUUGUCAUUUGGUGAUCAGACAAUUAUAGGAGAACGUGGAAUAAAUUUGAGUGGUGGACAGAAACAAAGAAUACAAAUUGCACGUGCACUUUACCAAGAUGCUGAUAUAUAUCUAUUUGAUGAUCCUUUUAGUGCGGUGGAUGCUCACACAGGAUCUCACCUCUUUAAGGAAUGCUUGCUGGGCCUUUUAAGUUCAAAGACAGUGGUUUAUGUCACUCAUCAAGUGGAGUUCUUACCUGCUGCUGACCUUAUAUUGGUCAUGAAAGAUGGGAAAAUUACUCAAUGUGGAAAGUAUACUGAUCUGCUUAAUAGUGGUGCUGAUUUUAUGGAACUUGUUGGUGCACACAAAAAGGCUUUGUCUACACUAGAUUCCUUGGAUGGAGCAACGGUAUCUAAUGAAAUAAACGCCUUGGAACAAGAUGUAAAUGUCUCUGGCACGUAUGGUUUUAAAGAAAAAGAGGCUAGAAAGGAUGAGCAAAAUGGUAAAACAGACAAGAAAAGCGAACCACAAGGCCAGCUUGUUCAGGAAGAAGAAAGAGAGAAAGGUAAAGUUGGGUUUUCAGUUUAUUGGAAAUGUAUCACAACAGCAUAUGGAGGAGCUCUUGUACCAUUCAUAUUAUUGGCUCAGAUUCUUUUUCAAGCUCUUCAAAUUGGAAGUAAUUAUUGGAUGGCCUGGGCGACUCCCAUCUCAUCAGAUGUGGAGCCACCUGUUGAAGGAACGACUCUUAUAGCAGUCUAUGUUGGUUUGGCCAUUGGAAGUUCUUUCUGCAUCCUUGCCAGAGCAAUGCUUCUUGUCACAGCUGGUUAUAAAACAGCUACUAUACUCUUUAAUAAAAUGCACUUCUGCAUUUUCCGUGCCCCAAUGUCAUUUUUCGAUUCCACUCCAAGUGGACGAAUCCUUAACAGGGCUUCAACUGAUCAAAGUGCAUUGGAUACAGACAUUCCUUAUCAAAUUGCAUCAUUUGCGUUCAUCAUGAUCCAGCUUUUGGGAAUUAUUGCAGUGAUGUCUCAGGCUGCAUGGCAGGUUUUUGUUGUCUUUAUACCUGUGAUAGCAGUCAGCAUCUGGUAUCAGCAAUAUUAUAUUCCAUCAGCCCGAGAACUAGCACGUUUAGUUGGAGUCUGCAAAGCCCCAAUCAUUCAACACUUUUCUGAAACAAUUUCUGGUACUUCAACUAUUAGAAGCUUUGAUCAGCAGUCAAGAUUUCAGGAAACAAAUAUGAAACUGACUGAUGGAUAUUCUCGGCCAAAGUUCAAUAUUGCCGGUGCCAUGGAAUGGUUGUGCUUCCGCUUGGAUAUGCUGUCUUCUAUCACAUUUGCCUUUUCCUUAGUAUUCUUAAUAUCUAUUCCACAGGGAUUCAUAGAUCCAGGCCUUGCUGGUUUAGCUGUUACAUAUGGACUUAAUUUGAACAUGAUACAAGCUUGGAUGAUAUGGAAUCUCUGCAAUAUGGAGAACAAAAUUAUAUCAGUAGAAAGAAUACUUCAGUAUACUUGUAUUUCUAGUGAGCCUCCCCUUGUUGUGGACGAAAAUCGGCCAGAUCCUUCCUGGCCGUCAUAUGGCGAAGUUGGUAUACAAGAUUUGCAGGUUCGUUAUGCUCCACAUCUCCCACUUGUGUUGCGUGGUCUUACAUGCAAAUUUCGUGGAGGACUGAAAACUGGCAUUGUUGGGAGAACAGGAAGUGGUAAAUCCACUCUCAUACAAACACUUUUCCGAAUUGUUCAGCCUACUUCCGGCCAAAUUAUGAUUGACAGCAUCAACAUCUCUUCAAUUGGACUUCAUGAUUUGAGGUCUAGACUAAGCAUUAUUCCUCAGGAUCCAACAAUGUUUGAAGGGACUGUGAGAAAUAAUCUGGACCCCCUGGAAGAAUACAGUGAUGAACAAAUUUGGGAGGCCUUGGAUAAGUGUCAACUUGGAGAUGAAGUUAGAAAGAAAGAAGGAAAGCUCGACUCCAAAGUUGAUGCUGUAGUUACCGAGAAUGGUGAGAAUUGGAGUAUGGGUCAGAGGCAGUUGGUCUGCCUUGGCAGGGUGCUGCUUAAGAAAAGCAAGGUUUUGGUGCUUGAUGAAGCCACUGCAUCAGUUGAUACAGCUACGGAUAAUUUGAUUCAGCAAACUCUUAGGCAACAAUUCUCUGGCUCUACAGUAAUUACUAUUGCACAUCGAAUAACUUCUGUUCUACACAGUGAUAUGGUUCUGCUUCUCAGUCAAGGACUCAUUGAGGAGUAUGACACCCCAACAAGGUUGAUAGAGAAUAAGUCAUCAUCUUUUGCUCAACUUGUUGCUGAGUAUACCAUGAGGUCCAACUCCAGUUUUGAGAAAUCUGAUGAUCAUUGAUUGAAACAUACAGAAACAGAAGUUUCUUGACAAUGACGAAAUUCUGGGGGAUUACAUGGAUUUUCUGGUUUUAUUUAUAGAAAAAUGUAUUUUAUAAAAUAAGGCUUUUAAUCUGCUGUGAAAUACUCUAGUCUCUUUACAAGGGUGAAGGAAGAAAUUAUCAAGAGGGAAGAUUAUACAAACUGAAAUAGAAAAUCAAAUUUAUUUUGAUGCAUUCCUAGUAUGUGUAGGCCAACGGCAAUACGGCCUGUUAGAGAAGAGAUAUUGUUACCAAGGUUGAUAAUGUCCUAGUUAGUCAACUCGAAUUAAUAUGUUUCGAAAGUUCUCACAUUGUGAGAACUUAUAAGAUGUGUUUUAUGGUAUUUCCUUCUUUAUGUCUAU